AUGACGCCGUGGGAGGAGUGGCCCAAGAAGGAGGCAGCCCCAGCGGACGUCAUCCUCGAGCUGUCCGUCCCAAAGCCCGCGGCGAAGCACGUGUCCCAGGCGAAGGAGAAAGGCGGCGCGGUCAUCCUGUGGCACUGCCGGGGGCCCUGCGAGAGCAGCGCGGACGCCUCGCAGCUGCAGGCGAGGCGGCGCCGCCUCACGGACGCGAUGCUGCGCGACGUGGCCUCCCGCACGGGCGAGAAGGUGCAGGUGGUCCAGUGGUGGUUCCGCAUCUUCGAGUUCUACUGCGCCCGGCCCGCCGACCGGUGGCCCAGCCUGGCGGACCUGCCGGUGCAGGAGUCUGGGCCGGAGAGCGCAUCCGACAGACUCCAGAGGCGACGCAGGAGCACUUCGCCGUCUCGGCGGCAUCUGGCGGCGUGUGGCGGGAGGUCGUCCGACCUGGCGGCGAGAAGGUCUCCGAGCCUCGGCGCGGUCCCGCCGGAGAGCGCGGCGGACAGGCUCCGUAGGGUUGCCUUGCGGCAGAUUGACAAGGGUCCGCCGCAGGCGCAGCGUAAGCCAGAAGAAUGGACGCAGAGCCGCUGGGACGAGGAGAAGGAUCUCUACAUGGAUGAGGUACGCGGCAUCUGCCAGGACAAGGGGCUGCUGGAUCUUAUCAGCCGCGCGAAGACUGAGGAUCUGGACGCAGAGAAGUUGAAGGAGUGGCUCUCGCAUUACACGGUCCACAAGCUCCUCGAGGCUGGAAUGAACCCGAUGAUCGCCGUCUUCUCGCUCGCCUCUGAAGGAGGCGGUAGGGUCGACGAGGAGCAGAUCCGGCAGGAGAUGGCCAGGCGCACCCAAGCUAUCCAAGUCCGCAUGGAGCAGAGGCAGUCAGAGAGAGACGAGGCUGUCGAUCCAAAAGAUUUCGAAGCGUUCAAGUCUGUCUUCUCCACCCGCUUUGCCAAGGCCAAGGAGGAAACGGGCAAGAAGAACGAGCUGUUCGCGCGCGUGUCCAGGUCCAGGUCUUGCACGCCGAAGUGGCUUGAAAGGACCCCUUCGGAGCUGUCCAGCGCCGAGUCCUUGGCCGGGGACGGGGUGACGGGCGAGCAGCUGAUGCUCCACGCCUCCAGCUACGCGCUGCUGAGCUGCGGUCUCUUGAACAAGGCGCCAGAGGCCAGGGAGCACAUCGACCAGCAGGAGCAGGUGCGCAGGGCUGGUGCUCGGAUCCUGAGAGAGACGGUGCCAGGUCACGCCGGAUAUGGACUUGGACAAUUGGGCCCUCCUCAUGUCCAUGUUCGGGGUCUCCAGUGUGAAGGUUGUGGCGAUGACGUUCGAGCUGCUGCAGCACGCCGCCGGACCUCCGCAGCAGGCGCAAGCGCAGGCGGCCCACCGGGCGGGCAUGCCGCGCAAGCCGGCGCUCCUGUUCGAGAGUUUCUACUCGCUGGCGCGCGCGCUGUGCGCCGACGGCGGCGAGCGGGCCAGCAGGGGCGCCGCCAGGGAGCCCAGGGCCCGCCUGCGCGGCGGGGCGCCGGGCCCGGCCUGGGCGGCGGCGUGGGCGGGGUCCUCCCUGCUGAAGCGCCUCGUCUUCUACGUGCUGACGGACCGCAAGGGGGCCCAGCUGGAGGCGGGGUCCGCGGCGGUGUGGGCCGCCGACCACGAGGAGUUCGCCCUGGAGCAGCAGCGGGUCGAGGACGGCGUGCUCCUGAUGACGUCGAUGUGCGUCGCUGGGCCCGCCGAGGGCAGCGAGGGGGAGGAUCAGGGGCAACGGUAGGGGUGAUACUUUCAGGCGAAGAUGCAUCGGUCCCCGAUGGCCCACUCAUCUCUGCGAUAGGGGCCCUCUAG